CCAGAGAUGGUGCUCUAACUCAGUUGUGUGAAAAGCUUCUACAUGGUUCCAGCGCAAGUGUACAUUCAAGACUAAUCAAGGGAUUGAGGACAUCAGCUUUUUCCUGCUGAGAGAUUUCAUUCCCAGCGAGGAUAUUUCUAAUGUGCUGAAGUUUUUCAGAUUUUGGGGACAAGAUCUCUACCUCAAAUUUUAUGAAUACUGGGAGCCAUGGCUGUGGAACUUUUACUGUUGCUGUUGCUUUGUGGAAGUACAAUUUCAGAGAUGCAGCCUAUACACAAAUCACCUCCUGGAACUUUGGAUUUUGGGUUUGUACCUGUGAAGACUUAUGAUACACAUGCAUAUUACGAACCUGGACCAAUAGGAAUUUUGUUUAGCAUAGUCCAUUCUUUCCUUUACGUUGUGCAACCAAAUUCUUUUCCUCAAGAGGUCAUCAGAAAGCUAGCACAGCAGAAGUUUGGGAACAUACAGAAUGAUUAUCAGAAGCCAGAAAAUGUUGUCCUGACCCUUCAGGCAAUCUACUAUGAAAUCGGUUUUAUAAUCUCUGCUGCUUUGGGAUUGCUGUUUGUUCUGUUACUGCCUCUUGUGGGACUGUGCUUCUGCAUGUGUCGUUGCUGUGACAACUGUGGUGGGGAAAUGCACCAAAGACAGAAGAAAAAUGCUGACUGCAGGAGGGGCUGCUUUGCAACAUUUCUUUUUGUUACUUCUCUAAUAAUCAGUAUUGGUGUGCUUUGUGCAUAUGCUGCGAACCAACACUUAACAGAUCAAGUCCGGGGAGCAAAGCAGCUGGUGUACAGUAAUUUUAGAGACCUGAGAAUUUUCCUUAAUGACACUCCAGGGCAAAUUGACUACUUGGUGAGCCAAUACAACACUACCAAGGAGAAAGUACUCUCUGACCUUAACAAUGUUGGACCAUUGCUUGGCUUUAGAGUCCAGGAGCAACUGGGGAAAGAAGUCCGCCCUGCACUAGAUGCAGCUCUAGCAAUGGCAGGAGCCAUCAGAGAAACAAAGGAGGCAUUGGAAAAUGUGAGUGUGUCUGUGGAGGUUUUGCAGGAAGGCACUGAAAGACUCCAUGCUAACCUGACAGAUGUAAAAGCACACCUGAGCAAUACACUUAAUGAUUCUGCCUGUUCUGCACCUCAAGUUGCUUCAACUUGCAGCAUGAUCAGAAAUUCAUUACAUCAGCUGAGUAUCAAUGCCAACUAUAGUGGGUUGCCAAGUGUGAACUUGCAGCUUGCCAAAGUCAAUGAUGUCCUUAAAAUAGACCUCUCUAGUUUGGUUCAAAAGGGUUAUGCAGCAUUUAAUGAUACACCAGAUUUAGUGAUGAACCAGACCAGGAAUAUUUUAUCAGAUAUCCAAAAUGUAUUGGAAUCUGUUGGCUCAAAUAUCACUAGCUUCACUAAAUCACUUCCUGUUGAGAAAAUUCUAGCUGAUUUCACAAUGUAUCUUUCUCAGAGUGAGGCAUAUGUUCAAGAUUAUUUCCCAGUAAUGGAACAGUAUGAUUUCUAUAGGUGGCUGGCUUGUCUAAUUCUCUGCUGCAUGGUGAUCCUUAUCCUGGUCUUUUAUUACCUUGGGUUACUAUGUGGCACCUGUGGCUAUGACAGGCAUGCUUCUCCAACAACCAGAGGCUGUGUUUCAAAUACUGGAGGGAAUUUUCUCAUGGCUGGCGUUGGAUUCAGUUUCAUUUUCUCCUGGGUGCUGAUGAUUGUAGUUGUGGUCACUUUUGUUACAGGCGGAAAUGUAGAAAAACUCGUUUGUGAACCAUUUGAAGACAAGACUUUAUUCAAGGUCCUCGAUACACCCUACUUACUGAAUCAACAUUGGAAAAACUACCUUUCCGGCAUCUUGCUAAAAAAUCCAGAUAUUAACUUGACCUUUGAAAAAGUGUACAGUGAUUGCAAAGAAAACAAAGGAAUUUAUACCUCACUUCAUCUAGAAAGUCUCUUCAAUAUAAAUGAAUUUCUAAAUAUUAGCAUGUAUACAGAAGAAGUAUCACUUAAAAUCGAGCACAUUAAUAUUAAUCUCAGUGGCAUCAUUCUACUGGAUGCACCUGGGAGGCAGAACCUUCUGAACUUUAGCUCUUCCGGAGUUGAUGGAAUCAACUUUGCAGCAUAUUUAACAGAGAUCAAUAAAAGCAUUACCAAAGUGGAUCUUUUGUCAUUUGCUAAUGACUUGGAAGCAAGAGCAGACCAGUUGCCCAGAGGAGCACUGGAGAAUGCCUUAAAGGGACAUGCAAACAGUAUUCGAACAAUUCAUGAUCAGCAAGUUAUUCCACUGGAGCAAGCCAUGAGCACUUUAAAUCAGAGCAUUCGAUUACUGCAGAAGACAUCAUCUGAACUUAUGGAAAAAGUAAAACAUGUGAUUAAUGCUGUUAAUGCUGCUCAGCUCCUCAUAAACAACAAUGCUUCGCUAGUUAUUGUCCAGGAGACUAAAAAGUACAUGGAUAUGAUUAUAGGCUACUUCGAGCAAUAUGUUAACUGGGUCAAAGAGUCGGUAACCAUGGAUGUGGCUGCAUGCAAGCCAAUUGCCAAUGUGAUAGAUACUGCAGUAGAUAUUUUUUUAUGUAGCUAUGUAACUGAUUCUGUGAAUACCUUCUGGUUUGGUUUGGGAGGCUGUUCAAUAUUUUUAAUUCCUGCCAUCAUUUUUGCUGUAAAAUUAUCCAAAUACUAUCGUAGAAUGGAUACAGAGGAUGUGUAUGAUGAUGUUGAAACUAUACCCAUGAAAAAUAUGGAAAAUGGUAAUAAUGGUUAUCAUAAAGAGCAUUUAUAUGGUAUACACAAUCCUGUUAUGACAAGCUCUGUGGAACAGUGGUAGCAGAUACUGGCAACAUUGGGGGCCCCUAAAUGUGAUGCUCAAGAGACUUCUGUGGGACAGCAUGAUACUUGAAACUGUACUGGGAUCUGCAUUCAUCUUCCAAGCCCUGAGCCACUUGCUUUCUGUGGCUUGUCCUGUAAAUCAAGCAAAUACUAUUGAAUGUUAUACCAUAAACUACUGCACAAAAUAUUUUAUGACCAGGGCACUUGACAUCCACUUCUUGCUCACUAACAUUCAGAGUUUAAAAUAAAGUGUAAUGUUGUUUCUUUUUUACUUUUUUACACUGGGCUUUCCAAACCACAUCAUGAUAAAUGUAUUAAUUUCACUUGCAUAGAUUUUACUUCAAGUUAGGUGUCUGACCGUGGUUGCUCAAAAUCUUCUCUAAUUUUGUUGGGAAUGUAUUAAAUACAGUAUAUACACGUUUACAUAAAGAAUACAUUUUAUAUACAGAGACUUUUGUAUAUACAUUUUCUUACAACUUACAACUUAUAAGUAUUUAGCUAAGUUUUUAAUACUGUAUAAUAUACUUCAUAAAAGAACUUACCAGCAUGAUCAGUGUUGAUAUUUGGUGCUCUUGGAAUGACCACUUUUGACUGAACUUUUAAAUAUAUGAAACUCACAAUAUCUCUUUUGUGUCUUUGAAAAAUUAAAUCAGUCAAAGAAUUAUUUUCUCCUUUUCUUGAAUAAUUUCAUAUGGAGUGGUGUUUGAAAUAUAAAAAAAAAAGAGGGCAGUUUCAGAGAAACUCAUUUAAAACUACAAGUUUGUGUUUGUCUUUGUGUGCUUGCACUGCACAAUAUGGAAAACACAC